CAAGAUAUUUACUGGCUAGAGCCCCAAGAUGCAGUAAAUAAGGCUAAAGGAGUAAGCCUCAUGGAAAAGCUCAUACAGAGAGCCAAGCAAAGUCAAAAGGCAUUAAUGACUCCUUAUGAAGAAGAAGACUAA